CAGAGAGAGCUGGGUCGUCAACAAGAAAUCCACCAUUACUGUGACAAAAAGCAAAACUUUCAAAUAUGGACACCCGUACCAGUGCCCAGGAUGUGAUGCGAUGUCACCUGUGUGUGACCGCUGUGGUACAAAUGCACUGUGAUACGUGUCUAGUCAACCUGUGUAAGGCCUGUGUGGGAGAACACAUCUCAACAGAUGAUUCCAAGGAUCACAAAGUCGUCAAUUUUCAGUCAAGGAAAUCUACUCCCCUCCACCCUGGAUGCUCAACCAUGACAAAGAACGAUGCACAAUGUACUGUGAUCAAUGUGAUAUUCCUGUUUGUGACACUUGUAUUGCAUCGCAUCAACAUCUGGGUCAUAAAUUCAUUAAGAUUUUACAGGUCCUUGAUGAAAAGAAAGAAAACAUUAUCUUGAAAAGAAAUGAAUUAAAACAAACAAUUUAUCCAAUCUACCAGGACAUUGUCUCUGAUGUACAAAACAGAAUGAGUCAGUUAGAAAAGGAAUAUGGAGAUCUCUCAACAGCCAUAACAGAACAUGGAGAGGACUGUCACAGAAAAAUUGACAAACUUGUCCAGAAACUUAAAGCUCAAGUUGAUGAGAUGAAAAACACGCAGUUACAAACUCUACAGAAACAUCUGGAUGAAGUAGACAAGACAAUGUCUUGCAUCGAGGAUGAAAUCAAUAAAAUAGACAUUUCCUUAAACUCUAAUGAAAUUUCUGAAGUAUUUGGUAUUAGCAUCGGAACUGAUGAAUACAGAAAGAUUCCACCUAAAAUCAUGGUCUCAUUACCUACAUUUAGUUUGAAGAAACUCCGUGCUGAACAACUGUCCAUGCUAUUUGGAACAUUGUCAUCUGCUACAUCUACUUUUAUAGACUGCUACAGCAUGAAGACAAUGCAGAAAUCAUCAGAGGCUGGAUCCUCUCCUCCAGUUAAACAUCUGCUUGAUGAACCAGAGACUGUCACCACCAUAGACACUGGGUAUGACAGAUACCUUAUCACUGUUGCCUGCCUGAGUGGUGAAGAAAUCUGGACAAGAAGAAAUGACAGCACCAUGAAACUCUUCAGCAUCAAUCAGGGAUCACUACUCAAGUCAAUCAGAACCAAGCCUGGGGACUGGCCAUGGGACAUAGCAGUGACAAAAAGUGGAGAUUUAGUUUAUACUGAUUACAGUGAUAGAACUGUGAACAUUGUGAAGAAUGAAAGGAUAGAGGAAGUGAUCAGACUACAGAACUGGAAACCUAAAGGUGUCUGCAGUACCUCCUCUGGUGACCUUCUGGUUAUUAUUGUCAGUGCAGAUAAUGAAAAACGAACAAAAGUUGUCCGUUACUCUGGCUCCACAGAGAAACAAACCAUUCAGUUUGAUGAUAAAGGUAAACGUCUCUAUUCCUCUGGUCAUUAUGACAGAUACAUUACUGAGAACAAGAACCCCGAAUAUCUGUGUGUCUGAUCGUGGAGCUAGAGCAGUAGUGGUGGUCAAUAAGGCCGGGAAAUUGAGAUUCAUGUACACUGGACAUACUUCUGCUCCAAGGAACAAAUCAUUCUGUCCAGAAGGAAUCACCACCGACAGUCAGAGCCACAUCCUUGCAGCUGAUGAUAACAAUAACUGUGUCCACAUCAUAGACCAGGAUGGACAGUUCCUCCGUUACAUCGACUGUGGACUGAGUUAUCCCUGGGGACUGUGUAUAGAUACAAAUGACAAUCUGUUUGUUGCUGAAU